AAAAGAAGUUGUGUUGACUGUUAGCCGGGUGCUAGCUAGUGUUGCGUCGAGAUCGAGUACUGGAAAAUCCCUAAGCGUCCGUGUCUCAUGGUUUUCCUCGUCUGCUGGAUAUCAUUCACUCAUGCACUGUCCAGCAUCAGUGUGAGAAAUGCAGGACAGGUAUAGCGAGAUAGGCUUUGUCCAACAAAUACUCGGUUUGAAUUUAGUGCCGAGAAAAAAUGGCACACAGCGAGGCAACGACACAUAUCUCAGCGACUUCUCAGAGAUGUGGUAUGGAGUGUUCCUGUGGGCUGCAGUCUCCUCUCUGGUCUUCCACCUGCCUGCAGCUCUGCUCUCCCUCGCCACGCUGCGUCAGCACAAGAUGGCCCGAUUUAUGCCCAUUGCCAUCCUCCUCAUGGGCAUCAUGGGACCAGUUUGUGGGGGGGUCCUCACCAGUGCAGCCAUAGCAGGUGUGUACAAAGCAGCAGGGAAGAGGAUGAUGUCUUUGGAGGCACUUGUCUUCGGGGUCGGACAGUCGUUUUGUGUCCUCAUCAUCUCCUUCCUCAGGGUCCUCGCCACCCUUUAGCAGAGCUGAGGCCCGUCUGGCUGCACCUGAUGCUGCUGGGUCAGUCUGACACCAGUCACACUGUCUCAUGACGGGACCUGACUUCUAAUGAUACAAGACUGGAUGCUGGCAGAUCCUGGGCCGCAUCUAAACCAGCCAGACCUGGGACAUGAUGUCAUUUACUACUGAUGGACCAAGACCAGGACCAGGACCAGAACCAGAACCAGGACCAGAGCGGAUUUUAUUCCACUUUGAGAGAAAAAGCAGUGUGUGAACUGAAGGUGUGUGUUAGGCAGCACUAAGACUUCUGGCUAGCUGUUGAGCCAUCUGUAUGAUGUCCACUGUAGGACAGCUGCAUACUGCACUCACAUCACAGGGCAAACACACACUACAUAACAGCUGAAGCUGUUUAUUUAAAAAUGUAAAAUAAUCAGUAAGUAAUGACUCAUUGAGUUUGCAGUUACUCCUGUAUGUGAAGCAGCAAGAGGCUGUUCUCCCCUGCUGCUGGGGUACAGGUUAGCAUCAGGAUGACACUUACCUCUCUCAGGGGCUGCGUGUGUGUGUCUGUGUGUGUGUGUGUGUCUGUGUGUGUGUGUGUGUGUCUGUCUGUCUGUCUGUCUGUCUGUCUGUCUGUCUGUCUGUCUGUCUGUCUUCCUUCCACUGACAGUUUGACUCCAUGCAGUGACUGCAGAGGCAGAAGAACUGGCAGGCUGACAGGAAGAUAACAGUUAUAUGCAAGAUUCUGGCUUUUUUCCUUGAGGCCUUAAUUUCUAUUUUCCAACCUCCAAAGUGGUGUUUAUCUUUAUCUCUCUUUGCUCUUUUUGUUUUUCAAAUCACUUCAAGUCUUAGUGCCUGUGUGUUACUGUCAAUUCCAAAUUAGCAACUACAUGUUUCCUUCUAGCUUUCAGCUAACCUAUUUUAGACAGACAUAUAAGUGAAGAGGGUUUUAUAGAUCUCAGUUGUAGGGCACAUUUUUGUAAAUGCAGACUAAAGAAUGUCUCCCCAGCUCAUCUUGGUUUGUUAGUAAGUUUAGAGUGAAUUGAUCAGAGGUUUGAACACGUGGCAGCAGGAUGCUCCGAUUUCUAACAAACCCAAAAUUGAGAGGCGCUUUUGAUCUUCUCUUUGACUGAUGGUGUAUUUUACAGGUGUGCUAUUUUGUGAGACUGAGCUGAUUUGUAUAUAUUUUAAAUUAUUUCCAGGUCUUUGUAGCUUUUUGAAUGUUUAUGACCAAAUAUGAAUUGCUCUUUUAUUUUUCUGCACUAGAUGUGAAAACGGCGGUUCAACAGAGUGUCAUCCCCUGUAGUUUUUUGGGCUCAUUAUAUUCCCACGGUCUCCCUUCGGUGACGGCUUUUAGUUGCUUUUGUAUCAGAUAUGAAUUUACAACCUGCAUAUACAGACAUAGAUAAACUCUACAUGUAUUUGUUUCUGUGUGAGUCAUUACUUAGUAAUGAUUGAAAACUGGCUUCUGACACACUCACCAGAGAUGUAUUAUUUAUUGUUGGUCACUUUGAUAGUGAAUUUACUACAAUUUUCAUUUUAAUAUUUAAUUUUAGUGUUUUUAAACAGAUAUGCAGUAAUCCAGUAAACACAGUAACUGCCAUGUAAAGCACCUGGAGCUUUUCAGGGUCUGGGGCCCUUGGGCAGUUGCCAGCUUCACCCAGUCAAGAAUCUACCUUCUACCUUCUAAUCUACCCGACUAUUAGUGGAACAGAAACAAGACACAUGGCAGCAAUCCAGGUAGAAUCUGUGGAGCAGAGGUUUCUUGUGAUUCUGGUGCAGAUUCUGAGUGUUUGCACAUGACAUUCCCAUUGGAAAUGUUCUUCUUCAUUUUGCCAUAAUGAUCCCAUACUGUCAUAGAGCGUAUCUCAACAUCACCUCCUGAAGUGUCAUCUGGCAUCUGGCAUUGAAAGGUUACCUGGAGACUAGUGGGCCAGUUUUUUUGUUAUGUUUGACAAGGGUUGGUAGCCCGUUUAACUCGUGCAAAUCAAAUCAUGAUCUGCUCAAAGAAAAAGCACAGAUGGCUUGAAUUCUUGAUGUGUGGCCUGUACUUCACUGUCUACACUUCCGUCCAACAGUAAAUUCAAUUUGAAAGGAUAGUUUCAUAGUGCAUGUAAAUACGCAUCAAAUCAAAAUCAAUCUAGAAUGUAGAAUUUUUGGCUGGAGUUUAAAACCAAGAAAGGCCAUGAUUAAAAGAUGACAACACUCUCACAUUGCAAAGACGCAAGUUCACUACCACUGGGACCAACAAUGGGACAGGAGAUGCCUCUGGACAGAGCCCACCAAGAUACUUUUCUUCUUGUAAAAGAUUUCGGAGCCUGGAGAUGAGAAAAUGUCCUGCCACACCAAACCACUAAUUUCUAAUUUUGCAAUUAGAGUGAAAUUGAGUUUCUUUAAAGCUGUGGGAAGCUCAGUGUGUGUACAUCUGUUGGGAAGUGCUCAGUCAGUUGAGGGGCAGUAAAUGAAAGUGUGUUUUUGUUCUUACUAAGACUUGGUGAUUGAAGCGUCUGAAGCUGAUGCACAAACUGAUGAGCCUAGUUUGAAAUGAAGUCUUGUUAAGCCCUUGGCCUUUCUGUCAUGCUGUACAGUUUUUUAUGGUUGUGUAAUGCAGCUCUUUGAGCGUGUGUUCUCUGGGUCUUUUACAGCAGCACACAACUUAAGUCUGGAUAUUUUUCUUUUAUGUGUGAAACCAAUUGGCAUCUUCAUCAGUCUGGGAGCCUGUGUGCUAAUUGUAAGCACUGGAACAUCUACCUUCUCAUCUGACUGUACAGACAUUUCCCAUGUUGUCUUCUUGUGUUGAGAGAGAAAAGUUCAUAGGUCAAAGCAAAUGAUCUUAUGUGAGCUGUUUAGGCAGCACUAAAUGUCCAUGCAUCCAAGCUGACCUGUCUCAGGGCAAACUAAGUUCAGACUCACCCUUUACAUCAGACUCCCUGAGGGGUUGAAGUUCAUUCUUGGAGCUACUUAAAGCAGAAGGAUAUACCAUGC